AUGUUAUUGCACAAAGUAGUUUAUCUUUUAGUUUUUGACAAAAUACCAAAGCCAAUAGCACAGUCAACCAAACCAAAGAAGCAUAUUUUCUUUGCCUAUGCGGAAGAAGAUGAGUGUGAUGCGUCAGCCGCUGAAAAAUUAAAAAAAUAUUUCGUCCAACGACGAUUGAGAGUUUAUCAUCCUCGACAAAAUGAAGAUAUUAAUACCAUAAUUGCGAAUGGCAUUGAAAAUGCUGCUGUGGUUCUAGUUUUUCCAUCUCCUUCGUUACAAAUAUCAAAAGAUGGAUCAAAACUACUGAAUUAUGCUGAUCAAACUAAAACACCUAUUUUAACUAUUAAGAUUUGUGAAGAUUUUCAACCUGUAGACUGGUUAGGUACUAUUUUAGCUCCUACAAAGAGUUGUUCAACUGACUUUGACGAAGUUAUGCAAACUCUGAUGUCAAUGGGAAUCAAAACCAGUGACUUUGUUCUUGAAAGAGGUGAAGAAAACGAACCACAGCCAAUAGAAGAGUAUCUAUUUAAGGGUGAAACGAAAUCGGGGAAUCUGAAAGCCAAUUAUCAUCAAUCUGGAAAAGAAUAUCCGAUGGAAUUUAGGUUUUUGGGUUUGAAACAUGGAAAAAUAUUUGGUCAAGGAGAUGAUAAAGAUGGAGCUUUUACUCUUGCUGGGAAAUACAAGCUUGAAGAUGGUUCUGGUGUUAUCAAAAUGCAAAAGCAAUAUGUUGGGAACGAUUCUGUUAAAUAUCGAGGAAAGAUUUCUAUUGAAGCAUUAAAUUGUGUAAUUGAAGGACAAUGGAAAAUAGGCAAGAUGCAUGAUAAAUUCUCCAUGCAUUUGAUUCUUCCACGACUAUAUACAGCAGAUAUUGAAAAGAUACCACCACCGCAAAUAUCACGAAAACAAGGAAAUAAAGUUAUGAUUUCUUAUUGUUCAUGUCAAUAUGAUUUAGCUCAAAAGAUAACUAAAGGAUUGAUUGCUAAGGGUAUUCCUGCUGUUUGUCCACCAAUACGAGUUCAUGAAAUGAUAAAAACAGCAGCUCACAAAGCAAGAGUCGUUGUACCAUUAAUGAGUAAAGCAUAUGAAGCAUCUAAUACGGCAAAAUGUGUUCUAUCAUAUGCCGAUGAAGCUGGUAUUCCAAUAGUUCCUGUAAAGGCGCAAGAUCCUUACUCGCAAAGUGGUUGGCUCGGCGUCAUUUGUGCUGGUGCAUUAUGGGUACAAAUGACGAAUGCUAAUGAAUUUGAGAAAAAGCUUGAUGAACUUAUAGCACAAUUACAACCAUAUGUCAACGAUUGUGGCGAUGAAGAGCAAGAAAUGGAUAUUCUUGCUGAUGAAGCUUUCGUUGAAGGUUAUUAUAUGCAGUCGGGAGAACAAUUUCCUUUGCAGUUUGAUAUGUUUACUAUGGUAAAUGGAUAUAUUGCUGGUGAAGGAGAAGAUGAAGUUGGUAUUUUUGUAAUCGAUGGGAGUUAUAAUUGCUUACCGGAUACAGAAGAGUUAGAAUUUGAAUUUGAAAAGCAUUAUAUUGGAAAAUAUGAUGUUCAAUAUUCUGGAACUAUAACUGAAGAAGAAUCUGUAUUGUUCUUCGAUGGAAAAUGGUUUCUAGACAACAUAUCAGAUAACUUUCAUUUAGAAGUACCUCUUAAUGAAUCAUCGGAAUCUGAAAGUUUACAUAUUAUGUUAAGUUAUCAAUGGAAUAGUCAAGAGUUAGUUAAGAAAGUAGCAAAUAAGCUCAAACAAAACAAUAUUCCGAUUUGGUUUGAUAUUGCUGGAGAUAUGAAAGGUAAUAUCAAUUCUGCUAUGGCUAAUGGUGUUGAAGGUUCCGCGAUGAUUAUCAGUUUCAAUACUCUCGCUUAUAGUAAAAGUGUUAAUUGUCAAAAAGAAUUUACAUAUGCUAUGCAAUUGGAGAAAAAUAUUGUUCCUGUUCUUCUUGAGAAUGAGAAGAAUUUUCAGGAUACAUGGUUAGGAAAUGCAAUAGCUUCUUUAGACAAAGUGAGUAUGGAAAAUGAAAGUCUAUUUGAUUCCAGUUUUGAUGUUGUUUUGCAAAAUAUUAAAAAAGCUCUUGAAGAGAAAGUAAACAAAGAUUCUAAUCAAUCUGCAGUAAUUACACGGUUUGAAGGUGGUACUGUUCAUGGAAAAUAUUAUCAACUUGAUCAAUCUUUUGAUAUGAUCUUUGAUUUCUUUAGUUUAACAGAAGGAAGAGUUUCAGGUCAAGGCAUCGAUAACGUUGCAACUUUUACAAUGGCUGGAAAUUAUGAUAAUGAAGGAAAUGUUAGUUUCAAAAAACAAUACGUUGGAAAACAUGCUAUUGAAUACAAAGGAACACUUGAUUGCGAUGAACUGGGCGGAUUCAAGAUCGAAGGAAAAUGGAGUGUUGGUAGUUCAACAGGUGACUUUUACGUAGAAAGCAUUGAUGAUAGUGAAGAUGAUAGUGAAGAUGAUAGUGAAGAUGAUACAAUGACGAAAGACAGUUAA